CAGCUGCCGCGGAGAGCCGGUGCCCCCUGGAUCGCCUCGGCCGCCUCCUCCUCCUCCUCCGUGCCAACAACGAAACUGUUCAUUGAUGGGAAGUUUGUUGAGUCCAAAACGACUGAAUGGAUCGAUAUCCACAACCCAGCAACAAAUGAAGUGGUUGGUCGAGUACCAAAGGCCACAUCCAGCGAGAUGGAGGCUGCUGUGGCUUCAUGCAAAAAGGCUUUUUUGAACUGGUCAGAAACAUCUGUUCUGAGUCGCCAGCAAAUCUUCCUGCGUUAUCAACAACUUAUCAAAGACAAUCUGAAAGAAAUUUCAAAACUCAUCACCUAUGAACAAGGGAAGACCCUGGCUGAUGCUGAAGGAGACGUAUUCCGAGGCCUCCAGGUGGUUGAACAUGCCUGCAGUGUGACAUCCCUCAUUCUGGGAGAGACCAUGCCCUCCAUCACUAAAGACAUGGACACUCACACCUACCGUCUGCCUCUGGGAGUGUGUGCUGGAAUUGCACCGUUCAAUUUCCCAGCCAUGAUUCCUCUUUGGAUGUUCCCCAUGGCUAUGGUUUGUGGAAACACCUUCUUGAUGAAACCAUCUGAGCGUGUUCCAGGAGCGCUCAUGUUCCUUGCUAAGCUAUUUCAAGAUGCAGGUGCCCCUGAUGGGACCCUGAAUAUCAUCCAUGGACAGCAUGAAGCUGUGAAUUUCAUCUGUGACCAUCCGGAUAUCAAAGCAAUCAGCUUUGUGGGAUCUAAUCAGGCUGGCGAGUACAUCUAUGAGAGAGGAUCCCGGAAUGGCAAGAGGGUCCAGGCCAACAUGGGAGCCAAGAACCAUGGUGUGGUGAUGCCUGAUGCCAAUAAAGAGAACACCUUGAACCAGCUGGUUGGAGCUGCUUUUGGAGCAGCUGGCCAACGCUGCAUGGCCCUGUCUACAGCAAUCUUAGUGGCAGAAUCACAGCAAUGGCUGCCAGAACUUGUGGAGAGAGCCAAAAAUCUACGUGUUAAUGCAGGGGACCAACCUGGUGCAGAUCUAGGGCCCCUGAUCAGUCCCCAGGCUAAGGCACGUGUUUGCCAUCUGAUCGAGCAAGGAGUAAAAGAAGGUGCCAGCCUUCUUCUGGAUGGACGUCAUAUCAGAGUGAAGGGCUAUGAAAAUGGCAAUUUUGUUGGGCCAACGAUCCUUGCCAAUGUGAAACCAAACAUGACUUGCUACAAGGAAGAAAUCUUCGGGCCUGUCUUAGUGGUUAUGGAAGCAGACAAUUUAGAUGAUGCAAUUGAGAUGGUGAACAAUAAUCCCUAUGGAAACGGAACUGCAAUCUUUACCACCAAUGGAGCCACAGCUCGGAAAUAUUCCCAUUUAGUAGAUGUGGGGCAGGUGGGUGUAAAUGUUCCAAUCCCAGUACCUUUGCCCAUGUUCUCUUUCACCGGCUCUCGUGCUUCUUUCAGAGGAGACACCAAUUUCUAUGGCAAACAGGGAGUGCAGUUCUACACACAGCUGAAAACUGUUAUUUCUCAAUGGAAAGAGGAAGAUGCCACUGUUACCAAGCCUGCUGUGGUUAUGCCAACUAUGGGGAACUAAAUCAGCCUUUACAGAUGCUGUCGCUGGUGCCCUUUUCCUUCUGUGCUGCAGACACUUUCCCAGCUUUGCCCUGACUAUCACCUUUUGCUUGGGAAUGAAUAGACAGCUCCAUUUU